AUGGCGCGCGCGGUUGGUGACGACGAUGAUCAUCCUUCGACGUCUUCCACGGACGACUUACCGGUCUCGCGUUACGCGAACGAUAUUGCGAGUGCGGUAAAGACGAAUGCGGUGACGGUUGUGAUUGGGGAGACGGGGAGCGGGAAGACGACACAGAUUGCGCAGAUUCUCCUGCGCUCAGGCGUCGUCGCCGACGGCUCGGCGGUGGCGGUGACGCAGCCGAGACGUGUGGCAGCUGUUUCCGUGGCAAAACGCGUCGCAGAAGAAAUGGGGGUAGAGAUUGGGAAAGAAGUUGGGUAUUCGGUGCGCUUUGAGGACAGAACGUGCCGCCUGACGAGGAUAAAAUAUUUAACUGACGGCACGUUACUGCGAGAGCUUCUCGAAGACCCGACUCUGUCGCGUUACAGUGUCGUCGUCUUGGAUGAGGCUCAUGAGCGGUCGUUGCACACAGAUAUAUUAUUCGGAUUAUUGAAGAAGCUCGUGUCCGCGCGUGAACUGAAGCUGGUGAUUACUUCGGCCACGCUCGACAGCGAAAAAUUCUCGACGUAUUUCGACGACGCACCGGUGUUCACCGUGCCUGGACGCACGUUUCCGGUUCAAAUCGCGCACGCCACCGAGGCUCCAAAGUCGUACUUUCAAAGUGCGAUUGAAACGGUGGUGGAUGUACAUGUGAAUACCGGCCCUGGGGAUAUGUUGGUGUUCCUAACAGGUCAAGAAGAGAUUGAAAAAGCGUGUCGGGCUGUGGAGGCUCACGUGCGAUCGAUGCCCGAGGGAGAGUGUCCAGAUGUGCAAGUCUUGCCACUCUAUGCAUCACUCCCACCGGAUAUGCAGUCGAGGGUGUUUCACCCACAUGAUCCGAACGUGCGACGAAUAAUCUUUGCGACAAAUAUUGCUGAGACGUCGCUGACGGUCCCAGGAAUCGUUUUUGUGAUUGAUCCAGGCGUGGUGAAGCAGGUUGAGUACGAUGCGAUGACGGGAAUGAAUGCAUUAAAAGUAGUGCCUAUCAGUAGCGUGCAGGCGAAGCAGCGUGCAGGACGUGCAGGAAGAACGCAAGCUGGGCGAUGCUACCGACUGUACACAAAGGACGCGCUCGAACUCGACAUGCCAGCGAUCACUCGGCCAGAGAUCCAACGGACAUGUCUAGUCGGUACGAUUCUGUAUCUGAAGACACUGAAUCUAAAAGGACUAGAUGUGAUGACUUUCGAUUUCUUGGAUCCUCCAGACACUGCACUCAUCGCAGAUGCUUUGCGCCAACUUUAUUUCGUUGGUGCAAUCGAUCCCGAUGGGAAGGCAACUUCUAUUGGACGAGAGAUGAGUUCGCUUCCACUUGAGCCAUGCUUAUCGCGUGCGAUGGUCGAAGCGAAACGCCUUGAUUGUGUUGCAGAUACUGCAACAGUUGCCGCGAUGUUGAGCGUCGAAAGAGUGUUUUUAGGUCAGCACCGAGAUGCAACUGAGAGUCUUCACGAGCUUGCGACUCACGAAGAUUUUCUUCUUGGCGAUCACGCGGUGUUACUUCGAAUCUAUCAAGCCUGGGAGAGCAGUGGAUAUCAAAGAAAAUUUCACCAGCGGUAUUCGUUGUCGGAUCGAGGAAUGGAGUUCGCGCGAGAGAUACGAAAACAAUUACUUGGAGUGUUCAAGGACAAGCGUAAAAGCGAUAGGAACGACUUUGAUUGUUUCUCACGAACAGAUGAAGGUCUGAACCGAUUGCGCCAAUCGCUGUGCGCAGGCUUCGUGACAAAGAUUGCGCAUCGACUACCGAAUCAUAAUGGCUACAGAACAUUGGGAGAAAAUUCCACGCUGUGCCAGGUCCACCCUUCUAUGGCUCGCCAACUCGCCGACAAAGACGGUUUGCUUCCAGAGUGGAUCGUUUACCAUGAGUUGAUCACGACUUCUCGACCCUUUCUCCGCCACGUGUGCAAAAUUGAGCCAGAAUGGAUUUCAAAGCAAAGAGAGCUGCUCUCGAAGAAGGUGAACAUUCAUCGUCUCUCUGGCGGCGUGUUGAGCCCCGGGGAUGCUGAAAGCACGGACGCAGCGAGUGGGCACGAAGCCGACACGGUGGACGCGAAUAAAGCGCCAGUCGAAGGACGUAGAAUCACCGACGAGCAAGUUUCUGCCGCGCGAGAGCGCUUCCUGGCGCGUAAGAAACAGAAAUUAGCGAAAUUAGCGGGAAAAUAG